GCAAAGCAAAGCAAAGCAAAGUGAGCAAAAGCAUUAAGAGCUGAAUGCUCCUGUUUGCUGUUGGUCAUGAAAGUUGCCAACAAACUUCAUUUAAUUCCUCAACCUUCUGUAACUGGAAGCACAAAGAAGAAAUAGCUUGGUCUGUUAUUUUAGAUCUGACCUGUAGAGAUCAGCAGCAAAGCUACUCAGAGACCUGGACACAAUGUAAGUGAUAAAGUUUUCACGCUCAGGCACUGAUGGACGCAGGGACUGAACAGAGAAUACGAAACCUGGUGUUUAUUGGGAGAUAAACCAGUUCUUAGUCAGACAGGCCAGGGUCAGAACCAGAGAGUCCAAAUCGGGAUCAGGCGGCCCCUGAUCUCUGAGUCAGACAGACGGGGGAUCCGAGCCCGCGGGUCCAGAGUCUAGGUCAAAACAGGUAUCAGAUCACAGGGUCAGACAGACGGGGGUCGAAGCCAGGAGGUCCUUAUGCAGAGGAGAGAGUCAGGGAUCGGGACAGGAGAGGAAUCUAUGCAGGUUAGAUACUGGACAGGUUAGAUACUGGACAGGUUAGAUACUGGGCAGGUUAGAUACUGGACAGGUUAGAUACUGGACAGUAGCUCAGGUUUCUAUAGCAGGCCUGAAGAUGUUACCGCUGAGGGUUUCGCAACAAUCCGACGCCAUGCAGGGGGACUUCUGUCCUUAUAUGGCUGCAGCUGGAGAUCAGGAGGAUGACGAUCAGGUGCGAUUGGUCACCUGGUUUAAAAAUGACUUCAACCUUCCAGGAUUUAUAUCGGCGUUUUGUCCUCGGAUCCUGCAGAUCAGUUUGUUCUGGUUUGAUGUGAUUUCACUGUUUGUAGCUGAGAGAGUGACGUGAACAGCUGAGUGAAACUGACACCCCACAAAUCCACAAACAUCCUGAGUGUUGGUGCUCCGUCACUGCAGGAAUCCAGUUGUUCCUCAUAUUGUUAGUGAUGAUGUUCCUGAUGUCCUGCUGCUUCUCCUCCUCUUCCUCUCUCGGGAUGAAGAUGAUGUCCAGCAUCCUGCUGCUCCUCAUCCUCAGCUCAUGUCUCUGUGCAGCAACAUUUGUAGUGAAUGUGACACAGAGCAGCUAUCAGGCAGAGGAGAAGCAGAACAUCACUCUGGAGUGGACCUUCACCACCAAGACUCAGGGAACCUGGAAGAAUCUGUUCAUCUUCUGCAGCUUGUUGGCUCCUCAUCAAGAACUAGUUCUCUAUCAGGUCUAUGAAGGAGUUGAGAUUCCAGAGUCUCAGGAUGAUCAGUUUUCAGGACGAGUCCAGAGCGACAAAGACGUCCUCAGAGAAGGACGAAUCAGACUCCAUGUGUCCAGACUGAGGACUGAAGACUCUGGUCUGUAUCUGUGUGACGUGAAAACUGGAGAUGGAUUCAACUCUGGAAGAUGUCGACUCAACGUUUCUGCAGCUGCUGAUCAGAUCCAAACUCAGAGACCAAGAUUGACUCCAGAACCAGAGAGAAGAGGAAGGAGCAUCAUCAUCAUCGUCUCUGUGGGACUGACAGCAGCAGCUCUGAUGAUUCUUUUUUUUUUUUUUUGUGAAAUGUUUUCUACUAUUAGAUGUUUAUUUUAAUAAUGAUAAAGAGAGAAGAGAUAGUUCAGUCACUUUAUCAUUAGAAACAAUUUGAUCAGAUUUAGAGGAAUAUACAUUUUCAGCAUCAAACAACAAAUUAAUUUAUUUGGUUGAUUUUUUCAGCAGCUGAAAGAUUUUAAAACUGAAACUCAACAUAAAUGAGCCUUAAAGAGAAUUUAAUCUAAGAUUAUAAUUUAUUGUUAAGUUCAGUUUUUCAGGUUUUAUCUGAUUUUCUUUCUUCUGUUCAUGAACCAGCAGCAGUGAUGUUCUGGUUCUGGUUCUGACCCGCUGACUGCUGGAGACAGACAUUCUGGACUCAACCAGAACCAGAACCAGAACCUGGAACCAGAACCAGAACCUGGAACCAGAACCAGAACCCUGAUCUGAGAUGCUUUAAGCUGCAGCAGCUGAUGAACCAGUGAAGUUCUGGAUCUGCUCCACUGGUUCUGGUUCUGAAGGUUCUGCUGUAAAUAAAUCCAGAUUUCUUCCCUCAUGUUGUCAGAACCUGAUUCUCUGCAGAACCUUUUAACAUCCAACAUGAGCUGCAGCCGUUUGGACCUCAGCAGAACCAGUCCAGCUGCUGGAUCUGACCUCAGACCAGUUCUACCAUCAAGGGUUCUACUGGAGCGCCACCUGGUGGUGGAGUUAGGAACUGUGAGCUUAUAGAGCUGAAGGUCUGAGUGAUGGACCGACUGGAUCCGUUCAGUUUGAUUUGUUCUGUUUUUAUAUUUUGUCCAUCAUUAAUAUUCACCGUUAAGUUUUAUCUUCUAACAUUUAUGAUAAAUUGUUUGUUUUAUUGAUUAUAUAACAAAAUGCUGGACAAAACAAAACGGUAAAACCCACAUUAAGGCCAAAUGAGUUUAUUUAUAGAAAGUGAUGAAGAGGAGCUGCUGCUUCAGAAAUGAUCAAUAUCUGGACGUCGAUCAGCUGAUCAAUUUUUGUGUUUAAUUUUUGUUACUUUAUAAAACUUAUUAAUUAAAAUGA